AUGCAACUUUACAGAGAAGAAGAUGGAAGUUUCUUUAUUAACCAGGAGCAAAAGAUCAAAGACCUUAUAUCCUUCAUGAACAUGGAAGAUGCAUACGCAGUUGCUACUCCUAUGGAACCAAGCUAUGUAAAAGAUCAAGAUGACCCUGAAAAGCUACCAACAGACAACAAGUAUCAUGUUGCCAUAGGCAAGCUACUCUACGUCAGUACACUAACAAGACCCGACAUAAGUGCUGCAAUGGGUCUACUAUGCAGAAAGUCUUCAGCACCAACCUUCAAAGACUGGAAUGCAGUCAAGAGACUUGUGAGAUACCUGAAAGGAACUGCACAUUUCAAACUCAAGUUACCAGCUAACAGCAAACUCAAACUAAUUGUGUACACAGACACUAACAAGGGAGAAGCCUUGAAUACCAGAUUGACCAGUGAACAUACUUUCUUCUAUGGAAAUGGAAUGAUAAGUUGGACAAGCCAGAAGCAAGAAAGUGUUGCUCAAUCUCCAACAGAAGCUGAAUACAUCUCAGCUGGACUAUGUUGCUGA